GCCCGGGCUCGCCCCUCGGUUUCCAGAUCCCGUCGCUCCCCGGUUCUCGUCCUGCGUCGCCCAACGGCUACUCGACGCCGGGCUCGUCUCGCCCGCCCUCGCCCCUCCUGCGCGCCAUGGCCAACCUGAGCAUGAGCCAGCAGAAGCAGGAGCAGGACGAGGCCGAGGGCGACGACGCCGCCGACAAGGACUCGAAGCGCGAGCGCCGCCCGUCCGAGUCGGUCGCCGAGGGCCUGUCGCGCAAGGGCUCGCUCAAGGCCCCGAUCCCGCGCCGUGGCUCGUCGCCGGCCCUCGCGCCGUUCCUCGCCAAGUACGACGAGUUCACCGGCGACGGCAAGACGCAGAAGAUCUGUGUCAUUGGCUCGGGCUCGUGGGGCACUGCCCUCGCUCGUCUCGCCGCCGUCAACGCCGAGGAGAAGGACGGCUUCGACGAGGAGGUCCGCUUCUGGGUCCGCCAGCGCGAGAUCCCGGGCAAGGGCCUCUUGACCGACAUCAUCAACGAGACGCACGAGAACGCCCGUUACCUUCCCGAGAUGAAGCUCCCCGACAACCUCGUCGCCGUCCCGUCCCUCACCGAGUGUGUCAAGGGUGCGACCCUCAUCGUCUUCUGCGUGCCCCACCAGUUCCUCCCGCCGGUCCUCAAGGAGCUCGCCAAGCCGGGCGUCCUCACCAAGGGCGCGCGCGCCAUCUCGGCCAUCAAGGGCAUCGAGGUCGACCUCAAGAAUGCCGAGAUCUACACGUACCCGUCCAUCCUCGAGCGCAAGCUCGGCCUCCCGUGCUCGGCUCUCGGCGGCGCCAACAUCGCCCUCGAGGUCGCCAACGAGGAGUUCUGCGAGACCACUAUCGGAUGCCCGUCGCCCGAGGACUGCGCCCUUUGGGAGGCUGUCUUCUCGACCCAGAUGUUCCGCGUCCACGCCGUCACCGACGUCGCCGGCGUCUCGCUCUCGGGUGCCCUCAAGAACGUCGUGGCAAUUGCCGCCGGCGUGGUGGACGGCCUAGGGAUGGGAGGUAACACCAAGUCCGCCAUCAUCCGCAUUGGUCUUCUCGAGAUGGCCGCCUUCACCAAGGAGUUCUUCCCCAACUCGAGCCCGCACACUUUCUCGCACCACUCGGCCGGCGUCGCCGACCUCAUCACUACCUCGUUCGGCGGCCGCAACCGCAAGUGCGCCGAGGCGUUCGUCAAGACCGGCAAGACGUUCGACGAGCUCGAGGAGGAGCUCCUCAACGGCCAGCGCCUUCAGGGCGUCAUCACCUCUGAGGAGAUCUUCGGUUUCCUCGAAGCUCGCGGCCGCCUUGAGGGCUACCCGCUCUUCGAGAAGGUCUACCGCAUCUGCAAGCGCGAGAUCGAGCCCAAGGCCAUCUUCGAGGGCAUCUGAGCGCGUCUGGAACCCGCCGAUCCGCUCCCUUCCCUGCCACCACCUUGUACAUACCUAGAUGUCGGUCGCAACGUCCAUAUUCAUCCAUGCUCC